GAGAGACUUGCAAACAAGACAGGAUCUCUUAAGAAACUAUCAUGAACGGAUUGACUAUCGCUCUUUUCGCCUGCUUGGCAGUUAUCGCCAGUGCUAAGCCUUCCGGCUGGGGCCAUGGAGGAUGGGGAGGUGUUGGAGCGUGGGGAGGUGCUGGAGCAUGGGGUGGUCAUGGAGGAUGGGGAGCAGGAGCUGGUGCCGCUCUCAACCAUAACUACCAUGGAUCCGUUGGACCUGCUGGUGUCGUUACCGGUGCCGGAGCUGUGGGACCAGCUGGAUCUGUCGAUGGACAUGGCGCUGUAGGACCUGCUGGAGUCGUCAAUGGACAUGGAGCUGUCGGCCCAACCGGACCUAACGGAGUUGGAGGUGGAUGGGACGGCGCCUGGGACGGUGCUGGUGCAUGGGACGGUGGUCAUGGAGAUUGGGAUGAUGGUAGCUACGGUCCAUGGGCCGGACAUGGUCAUGGUCACGGACAUUGGUAAACGACACAUUAAUCCUACGAAAUAUGUAAAUACCCUCGAGAACUUAAUUUAAACUACAGCAAUAAGCUUAUCAUCCACGAUGUGUUCACUUAAUACAAAAAACACCACCACCAAUUUUGUAUAUAUAUAUAUCAACCUGUGUUCAAUAA